AUGGAACUCCGUUGUGUUGUGACGGUGCUUUUGGGUCUCUUUGGAGUGCGGGCCAUUUCAUGGCCAGACCAAUAUGCUUUAGAAGAUCAACUGGCAACGAAGAUCUCCGAAAUCCUACAAAAGAUUUUUAACAAUGGGUUCGCGGUUCAUAAUCUAAAUGUCUUUAUUAGCACCGCCUACGAACAAAUGGAUCGAGAUAAAGUGAUCCUGGUGAAUCGAGUUUUCUAUCAAAGUUUUUAUAGAUCGGAUUCCCCAGUGCCCAUUGUCUUGGCAUCCCAAUUGGAUGUGGAAAUGGCCCCCCAUGUCAUCACCCAGUUGCUUUUUGCCCAGAAUGCUGAACAGGUUAUAACCAUCGCUGAUGACGUGAGGCACAACAAUCUGUGCGUUAUUGUACUGCUAACAUCCUUGCCAGAUUCGAAGAUAAGCCCCAUUAUGUCCAGGAUUUUUGAAUAUUUUCUGAAAGAUCGGUAUAACAUCAACGUACUGAUCCUGGUGCCUAGUUUACAGAAAGUCAGUGCUUUUAAUGUCCUGCCGUAUACCUCCACCAAUUGCAUGAGCACGGAACCCAUGGAAGUCGACGUGAAGGACGGUGAUAUUUGGGAUGUCUUUCCGGCUCGGUUAAAGAAUCUACAUGGCUGUCCAUUGAGUGUGAUCGUUUGGGAUAUACCGCCGUAUAUGAAGAUAUAUUGGAAGAGGAGUGAUCCAAUGACCAUGUUAGAAGGUUUGGACGGAAGGCUUCUCCGGAUUGUAGCAACAAAGAUGAACUUUACACUGAAAUUGAUACCAAAUGAACCGAAUGGACUUCUAGGUGGUUCCAGUUUUGUAAAUGGCACUCUCACGGGUGCCUAUAAAAUGCUGCGGGAGAGAAAGGCAAAUAUGACUAUUGGAUGUGCUGCCUGUACACCAGAAAGAUCUACUUAUUUGUCUGCCACAAGUCCUUACAGCCAGAUGUCGUACAUAAUUGUGAUGCGAGCCAAAGGUGGAUAUAGUAUCUAUGAGGUAAUGAUGUUUCCCUUUGAAAUAUAUACCUGGUUGCUUCUCGGUGUAAUCCUUUGCCUUUAUUGGAUUCUAGGGAGAUGGUGGCGAAUGCCAUCUCCCGUCUUGGCUGGUUGGAUGCUCUGGAUCUUUGUUAUACGAGCCAGCUAUGAGGCCUCCAUUUUUAACUUUAUACACAACUCACCGGUGAAGCCAUCACCACGCACCUUGGAGCAAACCUUGCAUAGUGGCUAUCAUUUUAUCACCGAUCAUGCCACCUUCCGGAUGACCUUGAAAAUACCGGCUUUUACGAAUAGAACUUCGAUUUCGGCAGGACAACCGGUGGAUGUUUUUGAUGCUCUUUUGAAGGCUCCACCGAAAACGGGGGCCUUUACUAGUCGCGCCUUUUUGGCUCAUCAUUUGGUGAAACAUAGGAACCAUCGCAAUAAGCUCGUGAUUUUGGCGGAACCAAUCGUUGACAAUAUGCUGUGCAUUUACUUUCCAUUUGGCUCCUAUUUUGCCUGGGAGAUUAAUAAUUUGCUUUUCAAUAUGCGUAGUUUUGGCAUUUUUCAGCACCAUUCACAGAUUCUGGCUUGGAAGAGCAUGCCGACCACUACGGAUGCCCCAAGUAAAUCCUCAAUUCAUGAGAGUGCAGCGACAGGAUUUGCUGAGUCCAUGGGUUUCGUUCUAGCGGCCCUAAAUUGUUGGAUGGCAGCCCUUUGGAUUUCCAUUGGUGUUUUUGGCCUGGAGUUGUUAAGUCAACGACGCUGGCGCUGGCUAGGACUAACCUGGCUUAUGGAAAGGCAAAUUAUAUAA